AUGGAGUUCAUAGGGGUUGGAUGGAUUAGUUUGGGCAAUGAUCCUAUGGCCUCCAAGGUGUAUGCGAACUCGAUCGAGUCAGUCUACAGAAGACUUGGUCGAGCUAGACUCCAACACGGGUCUUUUGGAGCAUUUUGGAGCAUAUGGGACGUGAGGAGCAAGGAAGGACUUGGUGCAUGGACGCAGCUCAACUGGACACGCAAAGGAAGAAGAGGAAGCCAUCUUGAAGACCAGCUCGACCACCUACUCGACCAUCCGGUCAAGUUCCUCAACUCGACCAGCCAAGAUCAACUCGAUCGAGCUGAGAAGUCAAAGUCAAACCCGAAAAAUGUUGCUUUCCCCUUGACUUUCCUUUGA